UUUCAAAUGCCUAAUCUAGAGGUACCUAGAAGGCAUGCGUGCCUCACUCAGGAGCUUUUAAUAAACGCACUAUCACCUUCCCAGUCGUCAAUGAUUCCAUUUCUCGCCGACAUUCUCCCGCCCUCCGCCAUUUAGGAUUAUUCGCUUUCUUCACACCAUACGCCUGUUGGCCGAACAUACACGCUAUCAUGGAAACUUCAAGGCUAACUUUCCUUCUGUUUUUUGUUCUGGUCUUCUUCCUGCUCGCGGCCUUUGUUCUUUAUCUCUUUAUAAGCCGCUGUACAACCCCUGCUUCUCAAAGGUUGGCGUUAUGGUUCAAGGCACAGAGCGAGGCGGACCGCUUGGUAGAAACCAUGGCUGCUCAAACACGAUGUCUGAUGGAUGGCCUGCGACCUUGUCGGCGCAGGGACAACAUCCGCAAGCGGAAAACUCAGCGACAGUACCAGAUCAGUUCUCACAUGCGGGAGAAUAAGGAUGGAGCGACAUCGGCAACCUCAAGGGCCGAAUAUGAUGAAGAGACAGCGAUGGACGAAAUAUGGCGGCGACACCAACAACAGCGCACGGAACGCUCGGAGGUCCAGGACUCGGUGCCGGUCUUCAAUCACGGCUCUGGUACAGGCGACCAAGUGGCUGAACGCAAGGUGGAAGGCGACAGUGCGUGCGGAUCAAAGCUGGACCGGUCUCUUGAGGAGCUAGCUGGCGAGAGGCUCUGGGAGUUCGUCGUUGGCUGGUGUCUUAUUGGGUGCAUUUUCGCAGGCGCCGCCCUUAUAGUAGGGGCUAACCUGAAGGCUCAGGACGGCCUUUCGAAUGAGGCGCCGUGGACGUUUAAUACUGAGGAAGGCGACAGUUUGAUGGACAGCGUCGUGGCACAUGUAAUGAAAAUCGCGCUCGGAAUCAAGGAUUUUGGGGACCAACUCAUGGAGCAUGGGAUCUUUAUAUUUGUCACUGGUAUCAAUGGCUUCGUUCUCGUGCGACAACGCGUGUACGUUCGGCGACGGGAUUACGAGGCGGAUAUUUUGCAAGAGGAUACGCCAACAACCAUAAUCCCGAACAAACAGAAUGAGCAUGAGACAAGGGAGACAAUAGAGCGAUGCAACAUCCUUAGCUCUGGUAGCCACGAAAAUCUCAAAGGGGCUGAUGAUUUUUAUGAUUACUCGGGCCCCAUAUAUCCAGGAGAGUAUCUCUUCCAACAUGAACGCCCCGAAUGCGCUCAAAGUGUGGACAACAGCACCAAGGAGCAGCACCAGGAGCGUAAAAAAGACAAUGGUGAUGAUGAAAAUGGCGAUAACGACGCUGACUGUUCGCCAGAGUUCAGGUCCAUGUCGUUUCUAGCUUGGUUCAACUAUUUGCAGGUCGGGAUCCUUGUGAUAGAGUUUCUGCAGCUCUUUUCAUUUCCACUACGCGAGUUGAUGGAGUUUUACAAUCAAGCAGAGAAAACCAACGAUAUGUAUGAGAGCGCCGAGGUUGUUCUUAAUGUUUUCCGAGAUGCAACAGCAUCGACAGGUCAAGACGCGCCCGCCAACUUCUCAAGACUACAUUACCACGAUGGCAUGCUCUCUCUGGGCAACAGCACAAUAUUUAGUUUCACACUUCACAAUUCAAACGACACAACAAGAACUAGUAGGAUUGUGGGAAAUGACUCGACACCAAGGUCUUCUGAAGGAUCUACCAGAACCUUCGGGCAGCAGCAACUGUUUGAUUGGUGGCAGAACAUGCCGCUCUUGGAUAAUGCCACUGCGUUAGCAGCGCCUUGGAUAAAAAAUAUCAGUAUAUCGACCGACUGGAUCGCCGAUAAUCUGCCGGUUUGGCUACCGAACAUUACAGCUCUGAUGACAAACAGCUCUCUAGCGUCGUUGGCCCAAAGCGACUUGGAGAACAUACGAAACCGUCUUGUGAAUACGGCCGCAGGACUGAUCUCGCAUGGACUGUCUGUUCCCGGAAGCAAUACGACAAAUACAACAAGUUCCAUCGGUUCGCUUCCUACUGAGGACGGUUCCCUUAAGACGUACCCACCUCGGGAAGAUAUGGCAGGAGAUGGUGACAUUGUUAUGCAGGUGGUCAACAGUCUUGGUCUGCAGCCCUCUAUCAACACCCACGAUUGGUAUCUUCUACGGUUUUGGUCGUGCUUUGUCGUCGUUCAGAUUGGCUGGAUUGUGGCGCUUAGCAUCCAUGGAUGGAAUAGGCGGUGUAGGCGUUUACGCCGUGAAGGGAAACCACACUGGCCAACCAUAAGUGUUGGUUGGGUGAGCUGUUUUAUUCCUGUCGUUAGUGUCCUCUAUCUUCCGAUCUUGAGCACGUUUUUGUCUUCAGCAGCAUGCCAGUCGCAAGCCAUCCACGCGUACGCAUACGAACGAUUUACGCAGCAGGAGGAGCGAGCAAGGCGCGAAGGACAUGGAACGUUUCGCCCGUCAAACAUUUUCAACUCGAUUGUCGUUACGCUGCUGGAUCCUGCUUCGACUGCCGCUCCAUCUGCAAGUUCGCUACUUUGCACAGGGCCACAAGUACAACCUUCUCUCUACCUUGCAUUUAGUCUGCUCGGCUACACGCUGGCCUACCUUUUGUUCAUGGUCUUUUUGACCUCUUUCGAGCGGGUGCCAGCGAAGGGUGAAAUUUGUUUUCGACCUAAUGGCGUUGCAGCCCUCAAGAACCUCGGUCUUUUGCUAGCAGUCGAUUUUCUUUUGAUCCAAUCUCCUUCUCAAAGACGCUUUAGGGGUCUUGUGUCUAUGGCGGUUAUGUUGGCGAUGGCCUGUUAUACUAUCCGAAUGAAGCCGUGCUACUGGAACAAGGUCAACUACUGGAGAACUUUUUCCUUCUCAUGCGUCCUCUACGCGUCCUUACUGGUGGCUUUGCUCUGUCCAUCGCCAGAACCCAACAAGGUCAAAGGCGAACGGAUUGGUGGGAAAUGGGUGAUGGCCCCGAACCUUAAGAUGGGACACGCGUGGACAGUCGGUGGGGGUCCCAAGGUCAUGCUAUCCUGGAUUGUAGCAGGAUGGGCUCUCCUGAUCAUUGUUUUCGUAGUAGCUGACAAGGUCUUUCUAUGGCAUUGGGCAAAGAAAAAGAAGACAAACAAGAGAGUAGCAUCCGACACUGUUGGAUCCCGCUCAGAAGAAGGGCCGCGGCCUGGGUUCGAUUUUCGUCAAGAGCAACAGGGAGCGGACGCUAUCGAAGGCACAUCUCUUGGCGCGACUGUGCACAGUAUGGCAUCAGGAUCUCAUUGGAGCAUCGUCGAGCUUGGGGAUGUCAGUGAUAACCCAGCCUCACAGGCUCAAAAGGAUUAUCAACAUACGGUCAGGACCAAAUCUUAAAUUCCAAGGUCCGAAUGGCACUAUCGGUUCUUACGCGCAGAUACCAGAUGUCACAUACCCCUUACGCGCAAUCAGAGAAC